AUGGCGCACUUGCUUAGCGGCGCCUGCCUGGGGAAUAGGGAGCAGGCCAGAUGGUUCCUCAGAGUAGCGCGAGCGCAGACGGGGACGGCGAUCAGCAAAGUAGCCCAGGCGGCACCCGACUCCAAGGAUACGCUGAAGACGCUGAGGAAAGCGCAUGUCGCUGCGCUGAAGGGCUCACGCUAUAGGGUGCUGGAUGAGGACGGGUACGAUGCACUAGCCCCAGCCGUCGGGGGGGUGUUGCCGGCGCUGGUAGAUGAUCUCUCGGAGAAGAGCCGGAGGGACCUUGGCGCCGGGGUCACGAGGAACUUGCAAGUCGUGGCCGAGGCGGCGACGGGAGCGGUGCAGAGGUGGACCCAGCUCAAUGAUGAGGCUACGGCGCGCAUAAUGAAGAGAGAGGAACACAUCGAGUGGCUGAGGAAGCUCUUCACUGGGUGGAAGGAGGCCCGGCCGGCCUUGAGGGAGUCGCGGAGGAGGAGGGAUAACGGAGGUAACGUGCAGACAGGCCAGCAGCCAGUGGGACGAACGAGGACCGCGACGGCGGCUCAAGCGGGAGGGAGCGGAGACGGUGGGCAGCAAGCGAAGUGGGUGAGACUUAUGAUGCUCCUCUGA